AGGCUAGUUUAGUUUUACGACCUAUUGCACGCUAACGUACCUAUUCAUUUCUUCACUCCUUUUUGUUCUUUUUCUUCGAUUGUUUUCGUGUUCAUGAAAUGAGUUGAGUAUCUCACACAAAUUCUGACGAAGAAUGCAUGAGUACAAUCGAAAUACCGCUGUUAGUUCCGUCCAGUAGCAUGACCACCGUUUCAUCCACAAACACAGGCAGUACUGCAACUACCAGCACGGAACACAAAUUGUAUCCUCAAAGAUGGAUUAUAAUGGUUUUAUUCAUGCUCUAUACAAUUAACGGUGGAAUGCAAUGGAUUCAGUUUUCCAUAAUUAACGAUAUCGUAGUGAAAUAUUAUUCGGUAUCGCCUACCACCGUAGAAUGGACAUCGAAUAUAUUUCCUUUAUCGUACAUUUUAUGCAUAGUACCAUCGCUUCAUGUGCUCGAACGAAUUGGAAUCAGAAACAUGAUGUUAAUAGCAACAACUGGAACUUUUACAGGAGCUUGGAUCAAAGUAUUUUCAGUAGCACCUAAUCGCUUCUACUUGGUAUUACUAGGUCAAGCAUUUCAAGCGAUAUUUGAAAAUUGUACAUUUGCAAUCGCAGCUAGAUUUACAGCCGUGUGGUUUGGUGCGAAAGAAAUUUCCAUCGCAGGAGCACUAGCUUUAUUCGGAGAUCAAGUAGGUGGUGCGAUAGGAUUCAAAUUGCCAUCACUUAUGAUUCAUGAUAAUUCUAAUACCGCGGUAAUUGAAGAUGGUUUACGACGAAUGCAUUGCUCAAUAGCUGCUCUUUCUACUCUAGUCUUAUUACUGAUUAUCACAUUUUUCAAAGAAAAGCCACCUUUGCCAUCCAGUGUUGCUCAAACCCUUCAAAACAAAGUGAAAACGGAACCGGUUUUGAAAAAACUGAAAUAUAUUUUGGAGCAGCCGUCCUUCAUAUUGAUACUUCUGUCAUACGGUUUAUGCAUAGGGGCAUUCAAUGCUUUCGCUGUUUUGCUCAAUCAGACGGUUCUGAAUCAUUUCCCGGGACAUGACGAAGCCGUCGGAAAUAUUGGCUUUGUACUCAUGUUAGCCGGAAUGGCAGGAUCACUCAUUCUUGGAUAUUCCUUAGAUAAAACUCAUUUAUUCAAGGAGAAUGCAGCUUUUGUAACAAUAUGUACCACCAUCUCAGUGAUAUUAUUUACUUGUUCCUUGACGAUCCACGAUAUUCGUUUUGUGUAUGGAUCUGCAAUGCUGAUCGGGUUCUUCAUCCAAGGGUUUUACUCGACCGGAGUACAAAUGGCAAUCGAAGUAACUUAUCCGAUCACUGAAGAUGUUUCAUCCGCAAUAAUGAUGGCAUUCGUUCAUAUGGUAACUCUAAUCCUCACAUCAGGCUACGGGUAUGCGGUCAAGCAAUACGGAGAUAUGAAAUCCAACAUUGGACUCAUCUGUAUAUUUUCACUCAGCGCAACCUUCGCUUUAUUUAUACCACCCAAUUUAAAAAGACAAAAAUUCGAACAUUCUGUGGAAGUUGAAGAAAUUCAAGAAUUUUUAUAAGUAAAUACCAUACAAGUAAAAUACCACAUGCGUCAAGAUUUCCAUUACUCGGAUUCCAACAAGGGAAAUGAGAUCCGAGAAUACAGAUUUGAACGAAGCAUGGAUUGGCAGAUAUGUAUGAAACAGUUCAUUCAAAAAGUACUCGAAUUCAAAUUUUUUCAAUUAGUCACUGGAUAGGUACAUAAAAUAACUAUCUACUCGUGAUAGCGUCCAACUUUUGAAGCAAUUAGAGGACAGAAAUCGACUUCAAUUGACUGUAUGUAACCCAUUUCAAAAUCAAAAAAAAAAAAAAAAAAAAGUUAACAGAACAAAUUUGUCAAGAAUGUUAUAAGCAUCGUCAAUAAUUGGAAAAACAUUUCAAAAUGAAAGGUACACAUUCCAUUUUCCAUAUUUUCAUUUUUAAAAAAUCGAUGAUUAAAUAAAAAAGAUCAAAACAUGGUAAAAUGCGAAUUAUACCUAUAUACCUACCUAUCUCACUAAAUUUUUUACACACACCAGGAGGUAAGUGGCACUUUACCGCUCGCUGCGCGGGCGAUAAACGCCACUUUCCUGCACCACAGGCAUGUAAAAUCGCGUACCUACACACCACGGGAGUUGAUAAAGAAUGCCUCAGAGCACAUGUUUAACGCCCUCGCCGAGCAUGCGCUCUGAGACGUUCUUUAUUUCACCUCCCUUGAUGUGUAAUAUACUAUUAAAUUUUAUUAGUUUAUACAUAAAAAUUGUAAAAAUUGAGAUGUUCUCAGAAUGCAACAUUUUUUAAAAAUUAAAAAAAAAUGGAGGAAAUUGCAACUAUUGAAUACCUUAUUGAGCAUGAAUCAACUUUAUAAAAUGCAAAGUCACAACUACAAUGAGUGGAUUUAAAAUUAUUGAAAUUUGUAGUAAAAUGCCUUUCAAAGAAAUUUCAUCGGGUAGUAAGAUAACAAAAUAUUUACUGACCAUGAGAUAUUUUGGUAUUGUAUAUUUUUCAAUUUCCAAUUACUGUAAAAUUUAAAAUUUUUCCUGGAAAAUUUCACUUUUUUGGAUGCUUGUUUGACAAUUGGAGAAGAUCUUAUUAACGUGUAUCCACAAAAAAUACUUGUAAAGGGAACCGAACAAUCUGAUGGUUUCAACUUCAACCAAAGUUAAAUUUUUUGAAGAAUACUGCCGAAAUUUCCUACAAUCAAAUAUUCAGCCAGAAGCAUUCCCCGCUUUUUACCAAAUUUUUGAUAGUUUGAAAUUUGAAUGUUUAUGUUUUCUAGCAUAGAAGUAGUGACUAUUUCUAAUAACAAAAAGUAGGUACUUUCUACUUUUCCAGGAAAAUUGAUCUUGAUGUCGUGAAAUCAAAUUUUACUGAUUCAGGCUAUUUCGAGCUUUCAGCAUGAUUUUUAUUUUUUCAUGAACUUUAAAAAUCCUACCUAAGAGAAGGAAAAUAAUUAGAGAUGGCGAAAAUGUUGUUUCCUUGUAGGCUUGUGCCUUCAAAGUGUUCAAUCCGAAAAUUCGAGAUGUUCAGCUGAAAUUUGCGGGAAAGAUAGAUUUUGGGUGAGAAGCCAUAAAAAAAACUAAUUAAGUAGUCGGCACCAUUAUCAACAUCAACAGCUUUGGAAAAAAUUAGAAAAAUAGAUUUCUCGCUGGCCACGAAACUUGGUUUUCGAAGUCAAUGUGAGCCAGGGACGGAACACACUUCACAGUAAUUUUACUGGAAAAGUAGCUGGUACUUUGUUUAAAAAAAUUAAAUUUCUGUCAAGAAAUGACAAUUUUCAAUGAAAAAAAAUGAAUGGAAAAAAAAUUUCAACACAUUAAAAUGUUGAUUAAUGCAGCUGGAAUUUCUGGAAAACGAGAGUUCGGAACACACUCUUUACAAAACUUCAAAUUUUAUUCAAACUAGAGCCAGACAGGUCACGUGGUUUUCAGGUUGGAAUAUUCUGCAUUUUUGAAAAUUUAUCUAGCUUUUCUAUUGUUUCCAUUAUGAAUACACCAUACUUUGUAACUAUUUUCUGAUAAUGAAAAGUUAUUCGUGAUA